AUGGGGAAGGAACAUUGUAAAGUUGUCACUUUGAGGAGUGGAAAGGAGUUGGAGAAGGACAAGACCGAGUCUGGGCAUGAGGGUGAGCCCUCUUCAAUCCAAAUAAAUGAGUUCCAAAAAGAUGUUGAACUUCCUAGUGCACAAAAAUCUGCCUCUGCCCAGGAUACUGCAGGGAUACCGCAGCAUUGUCAACCAGCAAGCUCAAUUUCAAUGAAGCCACCUCCAUUUCCUCAACGUUUUCAGAAGCAAAAGUUGGAUUCUCAAUUCAAGAAGUUUCUAGAUAUGUUGAAGCAGUUGCAUAUCAACAUCCCACUGGUAGAGGCACUUGAGCAAAUGCCUAACUAUGUAAAAUUCAUGAAAGAUAUUCUUACAAGGAAGAGAAGGUUAAGAGAAUUUGAGACAGUGGCCCUUACCAAGGAAUGUAGCUCAUUCUUGCAAAACAAGCUGCCACUGAAGAUGAAAGACCCUGGGAGUUUCACCAUUCCAUGUACCAUUGGUAAUUCUUAUUGUGGCAUGGCAUUAUGUGACUUGGGUGCUAGUAUAAAUUUGAUGCCUAUGUCUGUGUAUAGACAAUUGGGGAUUGGUGAGGUCCGACCUACCACAGUGACUCUACAACUUGCAGAUAGAUCUCUUGCUUAUCCAGAUGGGAAGAUUGAGGAUGUCUUGGUAAAAGUUGAUAAGUUCAUUUUCCCAGUUGAUUUCAUUGUGUUGGAUUAUGAGGCAGACAGGGAGGUACCCAUCAUUCUAGGGAGGUCUUUUCUAGCUACUGGUAGAACUUUGAUUGAUGUGCAGAAGGGUGAACUCACUAUGAGGGUUCAAAAUGAGCAGGUGACUUUCAAUGUUUUGAAGGCUAUGAGAUUUCCAGAUGAGGUCGAAGAGUGUUCUGUGGUUUCAGUGGUAGAUUCUUUGGUUCAAAGGAAUUAG